AUCACGAAAAAACCCAAAACGAAAUUCCUGGUAUUCAGUGAAGUCCGAUUCUAGGUAAAUUUCACAACACUAGACUACCUGGAGAAAGGAAAUAUUUGCCAUCUCCCCAGUCAUUUUGAAAAAGAUUACACGAGGAGUCUAAUAAAAAAUAGUAUUAACCAAAAUCUAAGCACUCUACAAAAAGGCUACAUAACCAAAGCCAAAAAAUAAAGAUAAAUCAUAUAUACAGUAUACAACGACAAUGGGAGAUCCUUACAAGAAAAUGCUGAUUGAAAUUGGAUCCAAGAUCAAAGAAAAUGAGCUAAAAGUAUUGAUAUUUUAUGCACAUGUUCCAGGAAAGAUUAGAGAAAAGAUAACAAUGGCUAUACAACUAUUUGAAAUCUUGGAGCAAAGAGAAGACUUGGGCCCCAAAAAGUUGGCAUACCUUAAACAAAUGUUGUCAAAUUUAUCAGAGCGGAAAGAUCUAUUAACUAUUAUAGAGACAUAUGAAAAAUCUCCAAAUGGAAUUUCACGAGAAAAUACUAUGGAUGCUGUGUCACAUGUUCCCAAUUCAGGACUUCAGAACGUGAGAACGAUUUUAGCAAAGAAUUUAGGAAAGAAUUGGAGAUUUUUAUUCCGUCGAUUGGGAGUAGCCGAUGAAGACAUUGAAUAUAUAGAUGACAAGUGUGAUCGUGAUAUGAGAGAAAAGAUCCAUCAGACAUUUCAGUUCUGGUUGGAUAAUAAUAGACAAAAUGCAUCGUCAGAGACGAUAAUUACCGCUUUACGAAAAGAGGAGCGUAAUGAUAUAAUACGUAAAAUUCAGUCUGGUGAAGAUUAAAGAGUCGUGAACCCAGAAGGCCAAAAGAUAUAUCUGAGGAGAUCAGGGCCCUGUUUCACGAAAUUUUAACUAAGAAAGUUGUAUAAAACUAUGAGGUUUCAUUCUACUAUAGAUAUGUGAUUAAAUUAGAAAAAACAGUUGCUGAAUCAGCAACUUCACAAACAGAUACAUGAUUAACAGUUGCUGAAUCAUCAACUUCACAAAGAGAUACAUGAUAAACAGUUGCUGAAUCAGCAACUUCACAAACAUAUACAUGAUGAAAUUAGAAUAAACAGUUGCUGAGUCAGCAGCAACUUCACAAACAGAAUGAUAGUAAUAGUUAUACCAUAUAUCACCAGCACUAUAGCUUACUCUUAUAUCAAAUUCCAACAGCCAAGGGAUCUUUGACGUGCACGCCAAUGUGUACACGGGUCCGAAUGACUAGACAGCUGUCCUUAUCAGGGCCUCCGUUUUACACCACUGACAAGGGGAAACCACACUGACAUGGCUCAGUUUUUCCUCCCAUCCGUGAUCAACUAGACUAAUUUACUUGCCAGGCCCAGGUAGCCCGAUGUACCCAAAUUCACCAUUAUUUCAACUUAUAAGUCAAUAAUUUCUAUCAAUAUCUGAUAAUAUACUGUUGUAUAUUCCAAAUUUUCAUUUUAAAUUUACAAUGGUAUUGUUUUUGUGUCAAAAUGCCUCUCAAAAUGCGAUUUCCAAGUAAGUUUGAAAGUUGUAACCAAAUCCACCAUUAUUUUCACUUGUAUCACAAUAAUUUAUAAUGAUAUUUGAUAAUAUACUGUUCUUUAAAGCGUU